GUUUUGUUUAUACACAUUUAUGUUGUUUGGUAGCCUGUAUCACACAUAGUUCACGAGAUAUUCUUAUCUUCAUAAUACAAUUACUUGUUGUACGUAACCGAUUUUAGCGCAAUUUUCUAACUUAAUAUGUAAAUUCGGCACAUAUCAAAAUGCAGGACGUAUCCGAAUUCAAUAUUAGCUUUGUGAAACUUAUAGAAGCACAGCCCUGCCUGUAUGAUACUAGCGAUGAGGACUACUCUCGCACCCAAGUUCAAGAUCGAUGCUGGGCGAAAAUCGCCCGAGCUAUUGGUCCCACCGUUACAAUCAAGGAAUGCAAGAACAGGUGGAAGAAUCUACGAGGAAGAUUUACAAGACAUUUAAAAAGUUUUGAAUCGACGGACCCCGUUGAAAAUAAUAAACGCCCUUAUUAUUUGGCGGAGCAUUUGGAGUUUCUGCUUCCGUUCACGAAACCCAAAAGAUUGGCUGGAGAUUUUGACGAUAUUCCCUACGAGGAUAACAUCUCUCGAUUCUUGGAAAUUGAUUCGUCUAUUUCUGACAACAUCAUCGAAAGCGAGGACCUGGCUGUGCGUGACGAGCCUGAAACUAAACAUCCCAAUAGAGCACCCAGCGAGAUAGGGCACCACGAUGACGGACUUGAGCAUGACACGCAUCACAUAGAGCAAGAGUUUGAAUGUAUAAACAAUUCAAAAAAGCGAAAAGCAUCCCUCGUAUUGGAUGCAACAAAAAUGUAUAAAAAGAUCAGGCGAUUGAGUAGUUCCGGUGAUGGUCAACGAAGAUAUGUCGGAGACUUUUCGGACGAAUGCAGCAAACCUCAACCAGCACACCAUUUAGUUGACUACAGAGAUAGUGAUGUUCUUUUCUUAAUGAGCCUACUCCCAGAUCUAAAGCGAAUGAGCGAUAUACAGAAAAGGAACUACAAAAUAGGAAUACUUAGAUUGGGUGGCGAUAUUCUUCACGAGGAUUCUGCACAACCUUCUACCAGUUCCAUACAGAGUCGAAAUUCUUCCCACACUUUGCCCGACUCGGGUGCAUCCAGAUCUCAACGGAAUGGGGUUCUCACUAAUGACAAUGGGGAGAUGAAUGAGAAUUCUACGUCUAAUUAGGUCUACCCGCCAUGUUUCACAAUAUGUAAUAAUGCUUUGGUGCGAGACAACUUUAGUCAAAUAGAUCAUAAAUAAGUAAGUAGGGUAAGAUGCUAUCAAUAUAAAGAUUAUAACGAUUUUAACAGUGUCGUGGUUUGCUACUAUUUAUGUAUUCCUUUUAUAUUUUUUGAGUUUUGCUAGAUUGUGCAGCAUAACAUGCUACAAUGGUCGAAUGAAGUAUUAAAUUUAAUAGGAGGCGUCAUCUCAAAUAGACAAUUUCAUUCUCGUAGUAUUAAUGUAAAGAAUAGUUUAAGGUAUAGAUAUAUACAUACAUGUUAAUUUAAGUACUCCAUUUGUGGGAAAAUUUGCCCGGUGAGCGGCUUUCAUAGAACGAACUUUCGCCAGUGAAGUUAGCGAAACAACAUAUUUCCAUAGCGUAAAUAGACGUUAGCACUCUGCGGGAGCCAUAACAUGCUUUUCUAACUGCGGUACCUAUUUUAUGUAUUUGACGCGUUUAUUUAAACUAAAUUUAUUACAAAUGUACACGUAAAUAAAUAAAAAUAAUCUGUAUAA